CUAUGUAUUGUCUUGCUUUUUCCCAGCACAAAAUCACCUUUAUUGGGUUGUGUUUCUCUUCACUCUUUAAAAAAUGUCCGCUAUCUCAUGAAGGGGUCAUCUGAUUCACCUUUGGUUUUAGUUCUAGCCUGUUUGGUCUAUAACGUGUAAAGCCCAUUCUAUGUCUAGAGCUUUGACUGAACCUACUUUCAAGAACACCCUUGCCUUACUGUAUGCCACUUGCACUCCUGACUUUUGGGGUGCAACUACUGUUACAAGCCGCUCGAAAAGGGCCUAAAAAGUACAAACUACUGGGUGUACGUAUUUGAUUGGCCCUCAUACUGCUUUUAAUUUGGUCCUCUAAGAGAUCUAAUUUGCAUAGCUGGGCAAGCGUCCUUUUUAAGGUAAAAAUUGAGUACUGUAAAGUGUAAGCCUACCUAACAUGUUGAAAUGCUGAAACCAAGAGAAAAAUUGGUAAGCUGCGCACAUUCACAAGUGAAAGUGGAACUUAUGAAUGCUCGAAAUGUAGCAAACUUCUUUUUGCCAAAAUUCGUCUCAUCGACAUUAGCAGAAGCUAAAGUGCCAAAAGUCUCGUGUGGUUGCUCAUUUCAUAUAAAAAAUCUGUUGUCCUUAUUUCUUCUCCUUUUUUUGCGUUUGUUACUCCCUUGUAACACCCCUAGUCUUCGGCACGUAUAUUAAUAUUAUGACCUUAUUAUUGUGUUGCAAGCGCCGUAAAACGCUUACUAAAAAAGAAAACCCCCAACAAAAAAACAACACCGCACACGUCUAUAGACUAGAGAAGUGCGCACUGACUGGCACUGAGGAACACACCAUUGGUGACGAAGCAGGGUCUGCUGGCUAGUCGAACGGACACGUUUGGUUACAAGAAGGAAGUACAUAUGCACAAUUUUUUAGCACAAUGAGCUGUAAACAAGCCAUGGACAGAUUGCUCCUCCCACGACCACUGCAUGAACCGCAGGGGGCGGAGCCUCCUGUCCCCGAGGCGCUCUCGCCCCUCCCCCGGUGGCAGACUCUGCCAAUGGACGCCAAGUUCCCCGUUACGCCCGCCCCUAGAGGGGAACUCACCUUCGUCACUACCAAAAUGGGCGAGCCAGCCUACAAAUCGCGUCAGCGAGUGACCUUCGACCUGUCCGACCCCUACAACCGGACCAGGAGCAGUGAGUACCAGGCUCUGUCUGACCCACAUCUCAGGACCUGGUUCGCCCGCCGGGCAACCCGGAAACAGAUCAUGUCUCAGAAGCUGGUCACCGAGCAGGGUUAUGUCCCUUGUUCCGUGCGGGACUUCAACAACUACCGGAACUUUCUGCGACAUCAAGCGCUGGUCGGUCGCCAUGGAAACGACAAUAAUGCUGACAGAGCCACAGAGCGUCGACAGCUCAAACUGACGGAGACCAAGAACCGAGCCGGAGAGCUGGGUGUGUCAGUCAAGUAUAAAGUGAUCCGUGCACAGCACAGGGCUAGACAGGAGGCGCAGGAGAGGCGGAGGAGACUAGAGGAGAAGCAGGCUGCUGAGGCAGAGAGGCGUGAGGAGAGGGAGGCGAUGGAUCUGAGGAGGAGAGAGGAGAAGGCGCAGGAGAGGAAGAUCAGGUGGGAGGAGAGGCAGCAGGAGCUGAGGCUCAGGGAGGAGAUGGCUCGCCGCCGGUCACAGAGCGCUGAGAGGAAGUUCGAGUCCGAGGCACUGAAAAAGCUCCUGCUGGUGGACAAGGCGAGGGAGACGAGGGAGGAGCUGAUAGAGAGAAAGAAGAAAGAGAGCUGGGAGGAGAGGAGGAGGUACCAAGAACACAUGCUGGAGGAGGCGGAGCGACAGAGGAACAGGGUGGAGGAACAGAUUCGUUCUUACAGGGAAAGGUACGAAGUAGACAUGGACUUCAGGCUGCCGAAAGACGAAGGUAGGACACGAUGCCAUGAUGUCGUGCAUUGUGUUAUCAGAUAAGGCAUUCUUACAAAAUAAUAAGACUCAGUACAGAAAAAAGACGAGG